GAAAAAACGAUGCACGGUGGAGAUAGAGAUGUGUGGUGCAAGGGCGCCAUGUGAGAGGAAGCUCGGUGAAAACAUCACGCAGUCUGGGCAUAUGGGACGAAGGUCUUAAACAUAACAACACCAGAUAUAGAGAAUAGACAGACACGCGACCAUCUAGUCUAAACUCAGGCGCGCGCCCGUUUUACAUCUACGUGGAAUUUGACUCACCACGAUGGUAAUAUCGUAUUAUAUAUGAAGAUCAUUAUAUCAGCACGACUGGUUGGAGAUGAAGGGCAGACAACCGAGACACACGAAGGCUAUCAUUUCUAAAUUGAGGAUAUACCAUUUACCAUGACGAAUUGGGCGGCGCGAUGGGUCGCUAUAACGGUUUUUUGCCAGCUCCUCUCUCCAACAGCGGCUGCGGGCUUGACAGUGAAUACAUCUUGCAACACUUACACGGGCGUUGCUGCAGACGGCGUCGCGCAAUGGCUGGGCAUUCGCUAUGCAGCACCACCGGUUGGUGACCUGAGAUUUAUGCCUCCGAAGGACCCAUCUUGUUCAGACGGCUUACAGUUGCCAGGCAAUACCCAUGGCAAGCUCUGUCACUCGACGGGUGGAAGCCCAACGGACACCAGUCAAUCCGAAGACUGCUUAUUCCUCGACAUCUACACACCAGUCAACACAACAAGUCACUCCAAUCUUCCCGUAUUCUUCUUCAUACAGGGAGGAGGGUUCAACUCACUAAGCAACCCGAACUAUAACGGUAGGGGCUUGGUAAAAGCUAGCGGGAACAAUAUCAUCGUGGUGACAUUCAACUACCGCGUCGGACCGUACGGUUUCAUCACCCACGAAGACGAGAUCACGCCAAACAACGGGUUGCUCGAUCAGCGGAAGGCCCUCGAAUGGGUACAUAAGUACAUCUCGUCCUUCGGCGGCGACCCUCAUCAUGUAGUGCUUGGCGGCGACUCGGCAGGCGCCGCCAGCGUCAGCCUCCAGAUGGCAGCAUACGGCGGAAAGCCCACGGAUCUCUUCCACGCUGCAGCCGCAGAAUCGAUCUCGUUCGCCACUGUUCUGACCGUCGAAGAGUCGCGGUACUUGUAUGAUAAUUUUGCCAUCGCGGCCGGGUGCGCUGGGAACAGCUCGCUCACCUGCCUGCGAUCUAAGACGGCGGCGGAGCUUCAAGCGGUGAACAAGGGGAUUCCGUACCCCGGCACGACAGCUUCGCCUCUGUACGCAUGGAAUCCCGUAAUCGACGGCGACCUAAUCCAGAACCUGACGUACGAUGCAUUUGCGGAUGGGAAUUUCGUCAAGAUACCUCUCAUCGUGGGCGAUGACACUAAUGAGGGUACCACUUUCGCGCCACGAGACGCUUCGACGAUCGGCGCUAGCGAUGCGUUUCUGAAGACACAAUUCCCGUACUUGACCCUCGAGCAGCUCGGCCGGAUCAACUCCCUAUACCCCAACCCGGACGAAGACAGCUGUCCGAGCUCCGGCUGUUACUGGCAACAGGUCUCAGCGGCCUAUGGAGACAUGCGAUACACGUGUCCGGGGCUUUUCAUCUCGACGGCGAUGACGGACUUUGACAUGCCUAAAUCGUACAGCUAUCGGUAUAACGUGGAGGAUCCGGCGCAGGUGGCCGAAGGACUAGGGGUGCCGCAUACAGUUGAGGUGAACGCCAUUUUCGGGCCUGAAAAUGUGCCGAGCGCGCCGGCAAGCUAUUUCCCGGGCGGCGUCAAUGCGGCCGUCGUCCCUGUCAUCCAGGCCUACUGGACGAGCUUCAUUCGCACAUUUGAUCCGAACACGUAUAAACUGAAUGGCUCUGCGCACUGGGAGACCUGGGACCCUAGCGAGCAUAAUCGCUUGCUGUUUGAGACUGGUGGGAUGACGUUGAUGGAGACUGUCGACGAAGAGAUGCAGUCCAAGUGUGACUAUUUUUACUCGAUUGGCGUGGCGAUUCGACAGUAAUUCAGAUAGAUCUGACAUUGCAUUUAGCACCUUGGUAUUUAAUUGUUUAUAGUAAUCAUAAUCGCAGCAUUACCUAGCAACUUCACCUGCCCAUUCACGGUUUUCUUAGGACUGAAAACGUCCUAUGAACUCAGCCCUCGGAAGAGGCCCGGAUAGGGCGUCAUGGCCCUCGUCUUCAAAAUUAUCUUCAACCGUCGCUUCAAUCUCGGCGCACCUCACCUCGAAGUACUGCUCGGAUCUCUUGUUCUCUUCGCGAUGCUGUGUCGGUUGGGGUAAUAGUCCAACAAUUACGACGCGCCAUAAGCUCAAGUAACCCC